AUGUCGGACAUAGUGCUUCCUUUGGAGCUGAUUGACAAGUGUAUUGGGUCGAAAAUCUGGAUCCUGCUGACUACAGACCAGGAAUUCGUGGGCAAACUCGUGGGGUUCGACGAUUUCGUGAACGUUGUGCUUGAAGACGUUGAGGAAUACGAAGGUGACAAGCUGAUCUCCAAACGUCCCAAAAUGCUUAUAAAUUCCAGACAGCUGGCCAUGCUGGUGCCCUCUGGCGAAAGAACGAGCUCAGCCACGAAACAGCUAGAUUAA